CUUUCACAGAAGAUCCUCAUGCUUGAUAUGAGCGGCAGACAAAUGUACCGAGUUUUGACUUUAAAUAAAUUCUUGUUUCAAAAGGAAGCAUAGUACUUGAGAUGCCCCUCUUCUAAUCUUCUCGAAUAGGAAGGUUGCUAUUCUACGCUCUAUUGUCGAACACUGCGCCCUACCUCUACACUUUACAUGCAUGCGCCCUUUUGCCGCCCUUUGUAUAUAGAACAACAGAAAAGAUAAGGUCUUGAAAUAUUCGUGCAUUCCCUUGAUGCAUGACCACUCCUUGUCUUCUAUCACUUAGGUGCAAAUUUCAUCCUUUCCUCUACGCUGACCCAGACUCAGCCUCCGCAAUGGCCGAUUUCUCUUUGUCCUACAGUAAAGCCACAAUAUACGAUGCCAGUAUGCUCCAAUCCUUCGUCGAAGCAGGAUUCCGCGCCUCCGACACACGUCCUGGCUGGACGGGUGAUCUUCCUCAGCUCAAUGCAACGUUCACCAUGGACCUCAAAGCUCUCCAGGCCGAGCUUAUCAACCCUGAUGGGGCGAUUCUCAUCGCACGCGAAGAUUCACUCAGUGAUUCCGUUGUUGCCUGCUUCAAUAUCGCAAGGAAGUCGUCAGAUGUGGCACGUUUUGCUUGGUUUGUUGUUGCGAAGGAAUAUCAGCAGCGAGGCAUCGGACGCAAAGUCUUGGCAUAUGCAGAGGAAUACGCACAAAGAACGUGGAACAGCGUCAGAAAGCUGGAGUUGAACGCUUUGUCAAACCGUCGCGAGCUCAUAUCGUGGUAUGAGCGCAACGGAUAUUCCAGGACGGGUGUCGUCAUACCAUUUCCUGCGAAUAUCCACCCAAUUGAAUCGUUGCCUGCGAACUUGGGAUUUGUUAUGUUGGAGAAAGACUUGAGAGUGCGGCAAAACUGAUUAAGACUUUAGCAGAUUGAGAACCUACCUUGCGCUGACAUACGACGGUUGCUCAAGCUAUAUCAGCUGUCAACAGCAUAGUCCCAUGGUUCUGCGAGAGAUGAAGUUUGCAUGACUAAGCUUUGUUUGGAAUAUCUCAAAAGCAGGCGGCCAUAGUUAAGAAAUUCAAUUGCAAGAUUUGAGACCUUUGAGAUGUUCAUCUAUCACGAAAGAAGUUCAAUUUCAUUCAGGGAUUUUCGAAUAACCAACAUGAAAACGACCCGAACUUGCUUUAGAUUCGGAGCUAAGACUAAACCAUGCUCAUCGCGUCCGGCAGCAUAAAACUUGAAUUUUUGAUAUCCGAACUUGAUCUGAGAAGCA